UGUGGGCCAACUGCCAAAACAACUCACGAAGAAGAAGCAGCAGAAAAAGACGAAGAAGAAGAAGAAUCACAAACCAACAUGGCGAACAUUCGAUGUGUCAAGGGUAUGGUGGGUCUGGUGACGGGCGGUGCGUCUGGUUUGGGACGGGCCACCGUGGAGCGUCUGAUCCAGAAUGGAGCGUCAGCUGUGAUCCUGGACCUGCCCUCCUCUGACGGACCGGCCCUGGCAGCCAGUCUGGGGCCCCGCUGUGCCUUCGCUCCUGCUGAUGUGACGUCGGAGGAAGAGGUUCAGUCGGCGGUGUCUCUGGCCACAGAGAAGUUCGGGAAGCUGGACCUGGCGGUUAACUGUGCCGGCAUCGCUGUCGCCGUGAAAACGUACAACUUCAACAAGAAGCUCGCACACAGCCUGACAGACUUCCAGCGCGUGAUCAAUGUGAACAUUGCAGGAACCUUUAAUGUGAUCCGUCUGGCGGUGGGGGAGAUGGGGAAGAACGAGCCGGAUGCCGAUGGACACCGGGGCUGCAUCAUCAACACAGCCAGCGUGGCAGCCUUUGACGGACAGGUCGGCCAAGCAGCAUACUCAGCUUCUAAAGGCGGCAUCGUUGGAAUGACCCUCCCCAUCGCACGAGAUCUGGCACCCAUGGGCAUCAGAGUCAUCACCAUAGCACCCGGCCUGUUUUCCACGCCCCUCCUGGCCGGUCUUCCAGAAAAGGUGCGCUCCUUCCUUGCACGCCAAGUGCCCUUCCCCUCCCGCCUGGGAGACCCCGCUGAAUUCGCCCACCUGGUGACGUCCCUGGCGGAGAACCCGAUGAUCAACGGGGAGGUGAUCCGAUUGGACGGAGCCAUUCGCAUGCAGCCCUGAGAUCAGGAGAACAUUUUUACGUCCGAGUGUCCCUGUGUGUUUCUGCCUCGUGCAAUUCUGUUGUAGAAAGCUUUCUAUAGGAAAUAUAAACUGAAUGAAAAACAAACUUUUAUCAUUUCUUUGUGUAAUAAAUGUCUGUACAUCAUUCAGCUCAAUGCAGUACUGUAUGAACUUACUUUGGUUAUUUUGUAAACUAAUCCAGAUAAUAAAAAACCUCAGAUGGGUUUAAUCUAA